AAUAGACUACAACACUUUUAGUACAACUGUCUCUGUGAGGACAAAUAUCGACACGGUCAUUAACAAUACUAGCAGCUGUAGUGCCUGCAGUUGUAGCAGGGUGAACAAACAACACCUACAAAGAGCAGAAAACAGCGAAUGCUGGUUACGGCAGCAGUAUCUGUCCAGUAUCAAAGUAGGAGCCGUAUCACGAGUAAGAGGUUAAUUUUUCCUUAUUCAGCCGGAAAAUUGCUCGUAUGUGUUCCUGCAGAGGCAAUAACGAUAGGUUCAGUGUCGUUUAUCUAGCCUUUUUGGCUUCUUGUAGUGAAGAUAAGAGUCGGUUAGUUGGUGCAUCAGCAGUGCUCGCCUUUGUAGGUACGAGCAAGGGGUCGACCAGCCAGCAACGAGUGAGUUCCUACACACUGCGCUAAAUAUCUUUAGCAGCGGUGGCUUGCCAUAACUCCUACAACCAUAACAAAGCAACCAAAUAGUAGUUAGAAAAGUAAAGAACUAAGAAUGAGUAUUGGGCACCUCCGUUACUGCCACCGAUUUAAAUGCUCUGCGAUGUAAGCUCACAGCAAAACAACCCUCACUACUGCUGUAAUUACAAGAACUGCAACUGUUACCAGCCAGUACCAGUAGUAAUGAAGCGUAACACUGGUGUUCAUAUUAAGAAGAAUGACUACAAGAUGGCAUUGUGUUGACUAGCCACUACCAGCAGCAAAGGGCAGUCUGUACUAAUAACAGCAAUAUUAUUAUUAUUAUUAUUUAGAAAUUAUUUAGGUGCGAUAACAGGGCAUCAGACGUGUCCUCUAAUUUAUGUUGGCGGCGUCUCCUGGUGGACUGUCCCGGUUAAGUAUACGCCGAUCUUUGUGAUUCAUCGAACAUAAGAGGAUUUUUUGAUGAGAUAAAGGCAGCGGCGGCCAACAAGAAAAUCGUACGCGCGAUUACGUAGAGUAUUGAUGACUGGUUGUUCUUAAAAUAUGUACUGACUGACGACCCUGUCGCUUUCUUUUUCGCGCUUCUAUUUUAUUGUUAUUAUUAGUAUCAUCGUUUUUUAUGGAAUGCGUCUAUCAGCAUGUGUUUGUACUUGAGGAGCUGGAAUAAGAACGAUCUUCACCCUGUGCUCCCACUAACGAUCCUAGGAGGCCACGAGGUAUACGAUUUACCAGUAACGAUCGAUACAGAAGAAGAGUUAUUAAAAACCUCGAAAGCGGUUAAGCUGGUAUUGCUUGUAAUAGAGACGAAAUUGUCAAAAGCUGUUUGGCCCAAUUAGAUAUGACGUUCUCACUCUAAACUAUUUCGGACUGCUUCUUUUGUUAGUGAUAAAAUAACGCGGAAGGGGUGUAAAGCAUCAGAUAUUUAUCAUAUAUCUACCCCCAUAAGUCACACUGAAUCUGUUGUCGAGCGAAUAGACGAAGCAGCAGCACGGAAUCGUAGUUAACUAGACGCGACUCAUCAUUCGCAAGGCGCACGGACCUGCUCCACUACAUUAUUACGGUUCAAUGUACAACGGUAUUGUGAAUCUGCAGAACACAAAACACGGAGUUCAAGUACGAACAUUAUAGCAAACUGUUGGUCGGCGUAAGCGCCGGUAAAAAGGAAGUGUUUUUGAUGAGAACGUACCCAUCUUCGAAUUUAGUGACAGCUGGAGUAUCUCGAGUGAGAAUUGUCGUCCACUUUGUUGACGUAAUCAGGAACUCAACUCGAGGACCAGAUGUGAACAGUGUUUGUUUUGGAGGAAGGAGGGAACGCUGUUAAUACAUUUCACACAGUAUCCAACAGUUAUUAAGAGCGCUCAUAUCAAGGCAUUGAUAAUGCAUUUUCCCUACUUUUAAUGCAAUGAUUAUGCUCAUUAUGGCUACUGAUACGAAACACAGGAAUUGAACUGAUGACUAUUCAGGUGACGUGACGAAAAACAAUGCAAUAACACCACCAGUACUAGAGACCCAGCGCAGAAGAAAGCAUCCUCUUGAGUACAGCCGUUCAAUGCCAGCUAUCUGUUUGUCUUCGUUUCGUGUUCGUGCCUCAGCGUGUUGGCGUGUGCUCCAUUAGGAUUCGAGUAUCGUCUACAUGUAGAGCGUGCUUCUGUGAUGACUCGUAAAUGUAUGAUUUUCUCAACUGUCAUUCACGCCCACCUCUAACAAGUCCUCACUACAUCACCAUUGUCACCUUUCAUAUUUGAUUGUUUCCUUACGACCACAUAAUCGCAUUCAAUAAAAACCGAAUUCAAAAACGGAAAGAUACAAUCGAUAGAGAAACAAGCCAUUACUCAAACGAUCAAACCAGAGUGACCGGUGUCCACCUGCGAAACUGUUUGCUACUAACAAAUCGCCCAGCUGCAGCGUCCUGCGGCAGUAAUAGCAAUAGUGCGAACGCAGAAUUGACAAAUAAAAAACGGCCGACCUGAUAAUUGCGUGCUGCAGUUAACAAUCGGUCGUUCGUGUCAAAGUGUCACCAAUAAAGGUGUGAUUCUCACUGGACGUAGUUUGUUACUGUUGGAUGCGACUUCCCGAGUGGCAAUGGAACAGUUCGUGUGCAAACAGUGACGAACUGUGGCGUUAAAAUUAAAGUAUAUUCAAGUAUUAUCAUAAUGUUAUAUGAUAAUAUUUACUGCGAAAAAACAGCUGUAACUGCGGCGUUUACUGUGACGGUGACUGCUACUUCUAGUCUACCCGUAAUAACGUUUCGCGUUUCGGUGAUGCCAGAGUGCGGGUGAUGCAACGUAUUUAUACAUCAGUAGACCAGUAGAAUAGAUAAAUAUCUUGCUAUUUAAAUUAUGACUAUGGUUCGUCUCAUAGGAUAGUAAUAACAGCAGCAACGUUAAAAAGCUAUCUCAAAGUAAAGCCGACGUCAAAGAAUUAAUCGAGCGAGCGGAGAUCCUGAACUAUACUGAACGUUUGUGAGCGAACGGAGGAUAUGGUGUGCCGUUGCUAACUUCGGUGUCCUGCAUUUUCCCGCGACGAUAUCGGCUUUGCAAUUUAGGUACUUUGGCUGCGCUUUGUAUUUGUGCCAAAGGAAGAAUAAAAGCGCUAUUUAUGCGUGUCUCGCUGAUACGCGGGCAAUUAUACUCCUUGUAUCAAUCUGUCAUUUAGAGAAGCAUCUGUCAUAUACGUAACAUCAAAGAACGUCGGCCAACAAAAAGGACACAAAUAGGAAAAGAAGCUCUAACGAGAAGAAUACGAACGAUAAAUAUAUUCACCCAAAGUUGAAAGUGGUUCGUCGGCACGUGGCAGGGUUGAUAGCAGGGGUAGCACCGUGAUUCGAUUUAAUAAUGCAACGGCUACUUCUGGUUGCAACUGCACUGGUGCAGUUGUUGCAGUUAUUCAUGGUCAGGGCAACUACGACCUGCAAUAUCCGCUUCCGACUGUGAAUCUGCGCUGUAAGAUGAAUGCGCGCUAAGCUAAGCCGUAGCAGCAGCAGCAGGUCCUCGUAUCGGACCGAAGCGUGGCGGCAGUCUCGGCGGCGGCGACGACGACGACGACGGUGGUGACGAUUAUGUAAAGAGCGAUGACGACAAUACCACUGUUCAUGACCGCUGCCACUGCCUAGAACGAGGCUGUACUAGAGAAACUCGCUGGCCUGAAAUAAGUAUCCGAAUACGUAUAAAACCUGGUGAACGACAACGUGUAGAGUUUUCAGUUCUGGCUAUCGGAAUUGGUUUAAUUUUUUUAGUACGUCAUAAUUUCUAUCAACGGUACCAUCACAACGAUCAGCACCAGUAUCUUCUCAAUCUAUCAUUGCUCUCUAUCACACAGGCAGUUGUUGGUGACCUAUUUCACCUGCCAGACACUAUCUUCCAAUUGUUGUUCCAACUACCGUCACCACAUUUUUUGUACGUCUGACUAUUGCACAAGCAUCCGCUGAAGUCUGCCGAUAUAAUGGCAGGCCGAUGUAAAAGCCGGACCCGAUUUAUACCGGCGAUGGCCGCAUGGCUGCUGCUGGUUGUUGCGACCGGAAUCUUCUUCGCCUUUCCGUGUGCAUCUCUUGCUAGUGAGUAUCACGAAAGUGUGUAUGUCGUCCAAGGCAUAAUCACAUUUUUUGUCGUCAUCAACUUCGCGCUAGCUACAUUCACCAAUCCAGGUGUCAUUCCGAAAGAGAAAUUUGUAACAAAUGACAAUGACGACUUUCGGUGCCCGCUUUACAAGAACACCCAAAUCAAUGGCGUUUCAGUUCGACUCAAGUGGUGCACAACAUGUCAAUUCUACCGGCCACCUCGAGUGUCGCACUGUUCUGUAUGUAACGCCUGCGUCGAGACAUUCGACCACCAUUGUCCUUGGGUGAAUAACUGUAUCGGGAGGCGGAACUACCGUUUUUUCUUCCUGUUUCUGGUGUUCCUGUCGCUACACAUGCUUACCAUCUUUUGCUGGUGUGUCAUUUAUGUACUUCGACAUGCGAACCCCACCGGAGUAAGUAAUGGAACCGAUAGUGUUACAACUGGACCCGAACACGUGCAGAAUGGAGCAUCAGGGCUAACCUCCCUAGAGGGAUGCUUUACGCUUGGAAUACUGGUUUUGUGCGUCAUACUGUUCCUGCCAAUUUUGGGUCUAACGGGAUUUCACAUGGUGCUCAUUGCUAGAGGGCGGACAACUAAUGAACAGGUAACUGGUAAGUUUCGUGGGGGCUUCAAUCCGUUCAGCCAGGGCUGUGCCCGAAAUGUGUGUCACACUCUUUGCGGACCCGUGUAUCCAAGCUAUAGGAAGGCAAGUAAAACGCGUGUUCGGAAUAUCGAUGAACUCAGAGUUGUCUACACAGACAAUAAAAGAGAGGUUCGGUGGACUGGAGCCGGUGCAGUCGUUGCUUCCGGAGCUAGUGUAGGCCAAAGGGAGGCUGUUUCAUCUGGCAUCGCUUUGCAGGCGAGCUCAAAUCAGACAAACACCAGUCAAGGGCAGGCUCCCGCUAGGAAACACACUUGCAUCAUUGAAGCAAAUACGGCUCCACUUGGUGCGAGGCCAACGGGGGGUGUUCGAGUUCUGCCAGCAACCGCACAGCCUCCGAAAAUGUUGUCUUUAAGCGGUGGCACUGAAGGCGGGACUUCACUGGUGAGUUCUCCACGGACCACUAGUCCACCGCUAGCGAAUCAUGGUCAGCUGACAUACGCGUCAGGUAAUGGAAGUACGUCUCCACCGAGCACUCAGUCUGUGAACGUGAACAACAACACAUCAAAUAAUAACAAUGGGACUAAUUCGCUAACUGGUUCGCUCAGCAGAAAGGGGGGAAACGGUAUUGGUACUACGACCAAUGAGUCCGAUUUGUUGGUAACGACAAUCGGAAUGGAUCGGGGUCGAGGACAGCUAACCGGCACCGAGAUCGGAACCGGUAUGGCAAUCAAUCGUACAACGUUGGUCAACUGGACAACAGGUGAAAACAACAACCGCGCAGGUCAGACUUCACAGCAACAACAAGGAACAACGACCGUAUCAACGCCUUCUCCAAACAGCAAUAGCGUCCACCACCAGCUGCAACAACAACAACAACAGCAGCAGCAAACGACGAAACAGCAGCUCAUGACGCCUGGCUCCCGACGCCCAAUUCUUUCUGACGGCUCAAGCAAUUAUGAGAUAUCUGUAUAGACAUGUCAACCUUAUUGUAAUUAGUAGUGUAAUAUGCUAAUGCUGUUGCAACUGGCAUCAUGGAAGUGAUUUCCAAGUAAUGAGUGAUGCACGGCGCGGUGAUGGCGAUGGACUUUCUGCCAUAAUCAAAAAGUCUACGGGGGAAACAAAUUAUUUCUCAUCAACAACUUGCUCCAACAAAUCUACAGCCCAGUCAACCAACAGUUGCCAUCUAAACGUGAAGCCGGAUAACUAUAUUAGGGUUUCCCUAAUGGAUCACGCAAAUAUAAUGCACCAGAGGCUUAUACACAGUCUCUUCAGUGGCCUUUUCAGGAACUGAAUUGAAUUUAGGAGGCAUUUCCGCACUAGGCGCAUAUAUACGUAGAAUCAGUGGUCUGUUAUAAUAGAAAUAGCAAGAUGUCAAAUAGGACAUAUUGUAAAAGGGGGUGCAGGUGAGCAUCAACAACAAACAACAAAUGUAGGUAGAAACGAAAGCAGGUUUUGAAUCGAUUUCUGUCAUGUGGGUGUGAAUACCGAGGGAGAUCAUGCGUAAGCUGCAUGAAAGAGUCAAUUGCGGCGCCUAGUCCAAGCUACUCGUCAAUGUAUGUAUAAUGUACAAAAUAGCGCAGUUAUAGCCAUCGUCGUCUUGUAUCCCCCGACCUGCUUUUGUCGUCAGUACGUUGUCGAACAUUGUAUGUGUGUAUGUUAAUACUGAGCUGAGUCUUACUGA